AUGGACGUGAGGUUGGCACUCACUACAACAAGGAGAGCCCUAGUGAUUGGCGUUGUUUCCCUUUUAUGUCCUCUUGUUGUUAGUAUAAUUGUUCAUGAUGCCUACGGAUUGCCUAAUCAAAGUGAAUAUAUAACAAUGGAACGUGUAGUUGAGACAAUCACUGAAUCCGUGACAUAUUUUUCAGUCGUCGCAUGGCUGCUCGGCGAGCUCAAGAUCCUAAAUUCAGAGCUGGGACGACUGGCCUUAUCAGCGGCGGCCGUGAGUGACUUGAGAACCUUAUUACUAUAUAAAUGCUAUUUUUUGGCACGACACUGGGCUGUGUCACCAUCAUCGGCUGUGGGGCGUGCAGGAGCAACGAUUUUUUAUUUUUUUCUUCUUUUUUAUGUGGUUCGUCCUUGGAUGUUUUGGGUAAUUAGAACAACACCCGAAGGCAGGCCGAUUAAGGAAGUGUACGUUGUGAUCAUCAUGAUGUUAGCUUUAGCAUCUGGUAUGUUAACCAAUUGGCUCGAUCGUAGUCCUUUACUCGGGCCGUUUCUCGUUGGUUUAGUUGUCCCCGAUGGACCGCCACUAGGAUCUGCCCUGGUAGAAAAGUUUGACGGUAUACCCAAUGGUAUCUUUCUAGUAAUCUAUGUAACCAGAUCUACAAUGAGAGUUAAUCCAAAGAAGAUGUUGGCUGAUCCGUCUGCAGUCAAACAUACAUCCAUUUUUGUUAUUGCCACAUUCCUUGCCAAAGUUACAUCAUGUUUCGUGGCUUCGUAUUGGAGCAGGAUUCCAUUGAGGGACUCCUUGGCACUUUCUCUCAUUAUGAGCAGCAAAGGUAUCGUGGAGCUCUCAUAUUUCUCCACUUUCAAAGACAGUGAGGUUUUGUCGGAUGCAACUUUUAGUGUGUUGGCACUUUCCGUUCUAGUAAAUGCAACUAUAAUCCCAAUCCUGGUGAAGUACCUUUACGAUCCUGUUUCAAGAAGAUAUGCAAGUUAUCAGCAAAGAAACAUAAUGCACUUAAAACCCGAUUCUGAGCUACGCGUUGUUGCAUGUGUUCAUAGACCUGAACAUGUCUCGGCCUUGGUCGAUGUGCUUGAUAUCACAUGCCCUACGAAAGAGAGUCCUAACAUUGUUUACGCCCUGCACCUGAUUGAACUAGUCGGUCGAGACUCUCCGGUCUUCAUCGCUCACCAAAAGCACAGAAAUCAAGUUGCCGGUUCCUUCCACCACAUUUGUGCUUUCAAUCAAUAUGAGAGGAACAAUUGUGAAACAGUCACAGUGAAUGCAUUCACAGCAAUCUCUCCGAGUGAACUGAUGCAUGAGGAUGUCUGCACUCUAGCCCUUGACAAGCAAGCAUCCUUCAUACUUGUUCCAUUUCAUAGAAAAUGGUCUAUUGACGGAUCUAUUGAAGAUGAAAACAAUUCGAUAAGGAACAUGAAUUGCAACGUCCUAGACCGAGCCCCUUGCUCAGUAGGGAUCCUCAUCGACCGGAGGAGGAAAUUGUUGACGUCGUCGGCCUCAACCUACAAUGUUGGAAUGAUCUUUUUAGGCGGUAAAGACGACCGGGAGGCUUUAACAUUAGCCAAACGAAUUGCUUGUGACCCUAGAGUUAAGCUGACCGUGAUCCAUCUCAUUGCUGAUGAAAACUACAGGAAUGCCAUAGACUGGGACAGGAUGUUGGAUGCUGAGACAUUGAAAGAUAUCAAGCAAAAUGACAAUAGUCAUGGUUGCGGUUUAAAGUAUAUAACAAGAGUUUCGAAAGAUGGACAACAAGCAUCGAGGAUCGUUCAAUCGAUUGCGGGUGACUAUGACUUGAUCAUUGUAGGUAGACGCUACGGGGUGGAUUCGGUCGAAACAAAGGGCUUAUCGGACUGGAGCGAGUUUCCUGAACUUGGGGUCAUCGGAGACCUUCUUGCAUCCCCAGAUUUCAAUUGUAGGAUAUCUGUACUAGUUGUGCAACAACAGAAUUAUGUAAACUAA